GCACUGACGUCUUACCGUGCGCGCCAGCGCCGAUGCAAAACAAUGCGGGACGAGCGGACGAUUGUCUCCUUCCCCGUCGGACGAUUCAUCCAGACAGCAGAGAAGCCGACGUGCCAACCUGAAGAGCCCUUCCUGAUUUUAUUUGAGGACGCCUGGAAGACAUCAAGCUGAACUAAAGCUCCUCUUCCUUGUAGCAGCCCAGACAAAGAGCCUGGCACUCCUCAUUUGUCCCGACUUAAAGCUUGUGAAGUUGGAUGGACCACAUUAAAAAUACACAUCCCGGAGGAGUUGGGGCCAGCGGCGGAGGCGGCGUGCCGUAAAUCCACACUGAGGUUGUUUGAUUUCUUCGUCGUGACGCCAUGCAGCGAUGGACGCUGUAUGCCGGCGGAUGGUUUGAACCGCCGGCGUAGGCGCUAGGAUUCUAUUUCUGGAGUCUCAUUGCUUUUACAGAUUAACUGCCCUCCAAUAUGGCCCCAAUCCGCCCACGGCGCCACGGGUUUGAGUGACACUCGGGCAUAAUCAACACUCACUGCAGCUCAAUUGCCAUUUCUUUGUCCGCAUUCAACUUGUAUCUGAUUUUUCAAAGACAAUCUGAGCGGCUCAAUUGCUAUUUUUCAAAUCCAUCCGAGGCCAUUUUCAUACCUAGAUUGGAUACGAGACAGACGACCGACCUGCACCUUCCCGAAGCUACUUUGUUCAUUGACGAUCAUUCCUGAAACCUUUUUUUUUUUAAUAACUUUGGUUCAAACUCUUUAGUUGAUCCAUAAAUCCCGCAUCCUGAUUUGGUCACCGUUCAACCAUAUGCCACCUGGAAAUCGCAACAGCUUCUGAGUCUUUGUGGUCAUUCCACACUAGAACCUUUUUUGCAAUCUGCAAAGAAAAGAUAAUCUUGAUAAUCCUUCACCCUGCAUUGGUCGCCAGUCAGACGCAAAGACAAAGGCAACAAAACUGAGCAUCUACAUCGGAGCAGUUCGCAAUCUCAUCCCUUGGUUGAGACUAUUUCUCAAAAUUAACACCUGAGACUGGUUGCCAGCCACUGACAAAACUGCACUUUGAAAUCAUCUUUAUCUGUUAUUUCCAACAAGAACUUUUCCUCGUAAAUCCCAAACGAUCAAAGGCCAAGACAGAACGACAGCAAAAGUCAACUGGUAGUUAACUGCGUGAACCGCGGGACUAGCAGUGACCUGGGAUUAAGUGCGACAUCAUAACGUCCGAACGGAUUGUUCCAGGAUUUCCUGAAAGGGUCCUUCAUUGGAUGUCCAUCAUCAGAAAGGAAGACCUGAAGAUCCGAGCUUUUGGAAUUCCUAACCUGCAGGGGACGACGGAUACGACGCGUGUUGUCGUCCUCGGCGCCGCCUGAGCUUUCACCGAGAGAAAUCAUAGAAUUGGAUUAAAGAUGGAUUAUCGCUGAAACACUAGCAGCCGGCAAAGCGUCUAAUCCCAUUGUGCACUCAUCGGGGGGGAGCCAGUCCGAUUCCGUAGAUUAAAUUUUGGGGCGUGGAUGCCAGUCAAAGGCAGCGAUGGAGAAUCGCGAUGAGCUGGAGCACCCUCUGUUGGGGGAAAGUCCGCAUCUGCCGUCGGGACCGGCUCCCGGGGGAGUCUUCAAGGGAAUGCUGGUCAAGUGCGAGGAGGACAUGGCCUACCCUCCUAUGGCAUGGAGGGGCUACUGCGGACACCCGCCAGAUGUUCAGCAACCGCAUCAGCUUCUGGACCCGUGUUCCUUGCCCCGCACGUUCGAGUCCUUCUACCCGGCUGCGCCCAUCUGGAGCCACGCCGACUCGCUGCUCAGCAAGGACUACCUGGAGACCACCUUUGUGGACAUCGGGCCCGGAUCCACGCUGGAGCGCAAGCUGUUGGCCGAGGCGCACGGUGACUUCCACAGCGCCACCUACAGCAUGGACGACGAAGACGAUCUGCUGCCCGACUCGGACGACUCGUCCAUGGAAGACUUCAGCGAUAGCGACAGCGAGAGCAACUUCCCCCUGAUGAUCCCUCAGGACUACCUGGGCCUCGCCUUCUUCUCCAUGCUCUGCUGCUUCUGGCCCCUGGGCAUCGCCGCCUUCUACCUCUCGCAGAAGACCAACAAGGCUUCGGCCGAGGGCGACCUCCAGGGGGCCAACGCGGCGUCCCGCCAGGCCCUGUGGCUUUCCGUGCUCUCCAUCGUGUUCGGGAUCGUGACCUACAUCUGCGCCAUCGCCGCCCUCAUUUCCUACCUGUCUGCCAAGCCGCCGUAAAGAAAGAAAAAAAGCUGUGAAUGCUUCCCUGAAGCUAACGAAAAAAUGGACCUUGUGCACAUGCCUCCGACAGAUACUUGUAAAAUAAUCACAUUAUAGCCCAUCAGCCUUUCUCCCCUCAACCAUAAUCAAUUGGCCUUUCGCUAAGACCCGCCCCUCCUUAACAAGGAUUUUCUUAAAAAUCUUGACAAAUAUUUGAUCUCUUCCAGACCCCAAUCAUGAAGUUCACAAAAACUGCUUAAGAAGAAAUAAAUGCAUUCUGAAGUAUCAUACUAAGCAGCAAGAUUUUCCCGUAUAGCGAACCUUAUUAGCUUUGCGGCUCGCCCUUUAUUUCUAUUAGAAAUGUGAUUGGCCAGUCUG